AUGCCCAAGGAUCUCCGUGGUGCUGGCCUGCUCCCUACCUUUGCCGAAGGUGAUUCCCUCACUCAUGCAAAUCGGGAGUCAUAUCAACGCAUGAGGCGAGCCAUAUCGCACGCCUUCUCCGAAAAGGCCCUUCGCGAACAAGAAGAAAUUAUUCAGUCCUAUGUCGAUCUCUUGAUGAGCAAACUGGAUGACAUCUGCCAAAGAGAACCGCAAGACCUUGUCAAGUGGUUCAACUGGACGACAUUUGACAUCAUGGGCGAUCUUGCGUUCGAUGAACCGUUUCAUGACCUCGCAGCCGGUGGAUACCAUGAAUGGGUGACGCUCAUCUUCAACGGGGUCAAGGUCUACCCAUGGUGGCAAGCCGUGGUCUACUACAAGCUGCUUAGGCUCAGUCGGUGGUUAGUUCCACAAAAGGAUGCCCAGGCGAAAAAAGACGCAGAUGCGUUGGCUUAUCAGAAGGUUGAGCAGCGGGUUGCUCGCACGAAUAUUGACCGGAAGGAUUUUCUGUGGUAUAUCCUCCGCCACAACGACCCCAAACUCGGCUUGACCAUGCCCGGGAUACAAGAAAAUGCCGUGGUUGGGAUCAUUGCAGGAAGCGAGACUACUGCAACGUUUUUGUCAGGUCUCGUGUAUCUCCUCCUCCGUAACCCAAAGGUUUACAAACGUCUGGAGGAUGAAGUGCGGAUGAGCUACAAAUCUUACGAUGAUAUCACCAUGAUCAAGUCGCAAAGUCUCGUCUAUCAUGACGCCGUGAUCCACGAGGUUUUUCGGAUCUAUCCCCCUGCACCUGCAACUAUGCCUCGUAUUGUUCCUGGUAAGGGCGAGAACAUCCUAGGACAGUGGGUACCCGGAGACACGACCGUUGGCGUAGCACCCUACGCUACCAGCCAUGAUCCCAGGAAUUUCUUCCGCCCAGAAGACUUCCUGCCUGAACGCUGGCUGUGUGCGGACAAGCAUGCGGAUGGUGAUGUUGCGGCUGAUAAGUUCAGUGGAGACGACAGAGCAGCAACGCAACCCUUCUCCUUUGGGCCGCGGAAUUGCAUCGGAAUGAAUAUGGCUUACUCCGAAAUACGCCUGAUUGUAUGCAAACUUCUGUGGAGGUUUGAUCUCAAACUUGCAGCUUGCCAUCAAGGAGGCAACUGGCUUGACCAGGAGAUGUACACUCUCUGGGAGAAGCCUUCUCUCAUGGUAGAACUAGUUCCUGCAUGUGGGAGUGAGUGA